CGGCCGACAGUCACCGAGUCCUGUCACCAAACCGUUCAGCAAUAAAUGCAGGUGAGGGGUGAGUCCGGCCUGAACACAGACGAUCCAUCCGGUACAAAUGGACGUCAGUGAGUGUGUCUUAUCGGCGGGCAGAGCCGUGCUGGACAUGGUGGAGCGGGAGUGGCAGCCGCUGUCCCCGGGCGAGCUGGAGCAGCGGCUGGACCAGGCGGUGGAGGAGAUGCUAGAAGCGGAGCUGAUGGAGAAGCUCCGAGCUCAGCCUCCUGCUGCGUGUGUGCAGCUGCUGCAGGGGCCAGCUCACCUGCAGCAGGGGCCAGCUCACCUGCAGCAGGGGCCAGCUCACCUGCAGACACACGUGUCACUGACUGCAACACCCAGCCCCCCAGAGGAGGAGACGGCAGAGCCCGGAGAGGACACUGCUGCAGUCAAGCACAUCGCAGACCUGCUUCAAAGCUCCAAAUCCAGGGCUCGAAUGGCCGGACGGGCUCGCUUAUCCCUUUCCCACACCGUCCUGCUGUCCCUCACCCUGCUCACUGAGCGUGUCAGCUACCGCUCUGUGUCUCGCCGCUUCCACCUGGAGAAAGGAAACAUCCACAGGAUCUUCUUUUCCUUCUGCGAGCGCAUCAACAUGUUGGAAGAGACGCUAAUCAGAUGGCCAGCUGGCACAGACGCUGUAGAGGCCCUUGUUCCAUUUUGCUGUCCAGAGAAGGAACAGGAGGAGCGGCAAGGUAUUCCUCAUGUCCUGGGAGUGUUGGGACACACCCGCAUCCCUAUCCGCCUGCCAAUAGGGAAACAUAAUGUGGAGAGCACAGUGCCUGAGGUGAAACGGAUGAAGAAGGAGGCCCACCCUGACUCCUGGCUAAACCUACAGCUCAUAUGCGACCACAAGGGCCGGUUCCUACACUGCAGAAUCAGUAAAGGAUCUGACGUGGACAGAGGCAGCGCCCUGAGAGACAAACUCAAACAGCAUCCUGAACUGAUGCCCUCCGGCUCCUGCCUCGUGGCCAGAGCCGGCUACCCGCUCACUGCUCAGAUUUUAACUCCAUACUCAGGGAGUCACGGACCUCGAGAGGAGCUCUUCAACAAGAUGCUGGAAGAGCAUUUUCACAUGCUGGAUCAGGCUAUUGCCAACCUGAGAGCGAGAUUUCAAAGGCUCAGGUAUCUGGAUAUUGGAAACUAUGAUCGAGCCAGAGCUGUUGUGCUGACUGCCUGCGUGUUGCACAAUGUGUUUUUGGACAUGGGACAAGUCGUUCAAGGACAAGUUGAGAAAGAGGAAGCCAUAACCCAGGAUGAGGAGGGAGAGGUGGACGAUGAAGGUUUACAAAGACGUGACGCCAUCUCAGAUUUGUUGUUUAAAAGCUUUAACUCUGGGAGCACGUGAUGCGACGAGACCUGAUGGAAAACUUGUGUUUAUAGAUGUAAAUGAAGAGUUCUGUCAUAUAAAGGUUUAUUUUAACAGAA